CGGAAGCGGCCUCAACAAGGGAAACUUUAUUGUUCCAUUUGUGGAGGGGAGGAUGUCGGUGAAUUACGCGGCGGGUCUGUCGCCGUAUGCGGACAAGGGCAAGUGCGGCCUCCCCGAGAUCUUCGACCCCCCAGAGGAGUUGGAGCAGAAGGUGUGGGCGCUGGCACAGCUGGUCUGGGAGUCCUCCAACGUGGUCUUCCACACGGGCGCUGGCAUCAGCACUGCCUCAGGCAUCCCCGACUUCAGAGGCCCACAUGGCGUCUGGACAAUGGAGGAGCGGGGCCUGGCCCCCAAGUUCGACACCACCUUCGAGAGCGCUCGGCCCUCACAGACCCACAUGGCACUGGUACAGCUGGAGCGGGUGGGGAUGCUCCACUUCCUGGUCAGCCAGAAUGUGGACGGGCUGCACGUGCGCUCCGGCUUCCCCAGGGAUAAGCUGGCGGAGCUGCACGGGAACAUGUUUGUAGAAGAAUGCCUCAAGUGUAAGACGCAGUAUGUCCGGGACACAGUUGUAGGCAGCAUGGGCCUCAAGGCCACUGGACGGCUCUGCACCGUGGCCAAGGCCAGGGGACUUCGGGCCUGUAGGGGGGUACUGAGAGACACCAUUCUGGACUGGGAGGAUGCCCUGCCGGACCGGGACCUCACCCUCGCUGACGAAGCUAGCAGGAACGCCGACCUGUCCAUCACCCUGGGCACCUCACUGCAAAUCCGGCCCAGCGGGAAUUUGCCACUGGCCACCAAGCGCCGCGGAGGCCGACUAGUCAUCGUCAACCUCCAGCCCACCAAACAUGAUCGCCAGGCUGACCUAUGCAUCCACGGCUACGUCGAUGACGUCAUGACGCAGCUCAUGAAGCACUUGGGACUGGAGAUCCCCUCCUGGGAAGGCCCCCAAGUGCUGGAGAGGGCGCUGCCGCCCCUGCCCCGGCCCCUCCGCCCUAAGGUUGAGCCCAAGGAGGAGAUUCCCUCCCAACUCAAAAACUCAGCGCCUCCCAGCCCCAAGCAGGAACCCCCAUCCCAACAUAACGGCUCCGGGCUCACCAUCCCCAAGCGGCAGCGGCCAGAUACGCCUGCCCUCUGCGCUCCCCCAAAAAAGGUGAAGGCAGAGGGGAUCCCCAGCUGA